AUGGAUCCUAAACAGCGAUUCUACCACCAUUUCUUGGAGAGCGUGACAGUUCUCCAAGACCUCAUCGAUGAACUGCCGUCCAUUGCCAAUGUCGGUGGUGAGCGCCAGGAGGCUAUUGAUCAUAUCCUAGCUAGCAUUGCAAAGCUACAGAACGAGGUCGGGGAUGCUGCUGAUUACACUCCUUCCUAUGAUCGAAAGCAAUACUCGGAGACUAUCAAGACUCUACAAGACAAGCUCAACGAGACCAUAAUCAGGAUCGCACCCAAGUCAAAGUUCCAAUUCCGUCGCCCAAAGACCAAUCAUGUCGACAUGGGUGCUCCUGAGAACGAUCCUCGUCUUAGUCCUGGAAGUCUUUCACGCACGAAGCAUGAUUCAACUGUGACUACUGGCAUGACCAGCCCCCCACCCAUCAAGGAGGAUACACUCAGCGAGCUACCGUCUAAAGAGACAUACAAGAACUACAACGAGGAGAUGGAAAGACCCAGCGCCUCGUCCCUUCGAAAGCCCAGCUUCUCAGCAGCGAAGAACAUCGGAAUCACAAACCACUCAAACCUACACAUCAUAUUGCCAUCAUCAGCGUCACGCGCAACGUCAUCUGGCAGUCUGACUGAUCUCAAGGGCUGCAUCAUCGACAUGUCGAUUCCAACAACUGAGGGCUCGGCAUUCCCUGGUCUUGCUAUCAAGAAUGUGUCCAAGAGUCUCAUUGUUGGAGGCCGUGUUGAUGGCGCAGUCCAUAUCACAGGAGUCUCAGAUAGCACUAUUGUGGUUGUGGCCAGACAAGUUCGAAUCCACGAAUGCAGUAAUGUUGACAUCUACUUGCAUUGCGGAAGCCACCCCAUCAUCGAGGAUUGUUCUGGCAUGCGUUUUGCGCCGCUGCCUGCUCCAUAUAGAACCGAAGCUGAAGAGCCAGAUGAGAACCAGUGGGACCAGGUAGACGAUUUCAAAUGGCUCAAGGCUGGUCAUAGCCCCAACUGGACCACCCUUUCAGAAAAUGAGAGACUCGCCGAUGACCUUUGGAAGGAUGUUGUGCCUGGCCAGCCUGGCGUAAGCGUUGAAGAGGCUCUCAAGAAGCUCAAUAUCCCGCGAAGAUGA